GGAGCUGCUCAUCCACAAGGACUACUGGGAUCUUGAUCUGGCUUUGGAGUGGCGUGUUUAUUUCUUUUUAAUAUUGGUCCUGUAGAGUAGAGCUGAAAGUGCCACAGAGAGAGGCUUCGAGGCAGGCCGAUGGCGCAGAGGUACGAUGAAAUCUCACAUUACGGUGGUAUGGAUGGAGUAGGGAUACCGACAACUAUGUAUGGUGAUCCUCACGCCCCCAGGUCUAUGCAGCCCGUCCACCACCUCAAUCACGGGCCGCCGUUACACAGUCACCAAUACCCGCACACAAACCAUGCGAAUACAAUGCCGCCAAGCAUGGGAUCCUCAGUAAACGAUGCGUUAAAGAGAGAUAAAGAUUCCAUUUACGGACAUCCGCUGUUUCCUCUUUUAGCUCUGAUUUUUGAGAAAUGUGAAUUAGCAACUUGUACUCCACGAGAACCGGGGGUAGCAGGCGGUGAUGUCUGCUCCUCCGAGUCUUUCAAUGAAGAUAUAGCAGUGUUCGCUAAGCAGAUCCGAGCAGAGAAACCUCUUUUCUCUUCCAAUCCUGAGCUGGAUAAUUUGAUGAUUCAAGCCAUACAAGUAUUAAGGUUUCACCUUUUGGAAUUAGAGAAGGUACACGAAUUAUGUGACAAUUUUUGCCAUCGGUAUAUAAGCUGUUUGAAAGGGAAAAUGCCCAUCGAUUUGGUUAUUGAUGAAAGAGAAGGCGGCUCGAAAUCAGACAGCGAGGAAAUCACUCGAUCGUCCUCAGUUAACAUUACAGACCAGACUUGGAACAGAGAUCACGAUGACACAGCGUCAACGCGCUCAGGAGGAACGCCAGGACCCUCCAGCGGGGGACAUACGUCACACAGUGGGGAUAACAGCAGUGAGCAAGGUGAUGGCUUGGACAACAGUGUAGCUUCACCAAGCACAGGAGAUGAUGAUGACCCAGACAAGGAUAAAAAACGUCAGAAAAAACGAGGCAUCUUUCCAAAAGUAGCCACAAACAUCAUGCGAGCAUGGUUGUUCCAACACCUCACACACCCUUACCCUUCAGAAGAACAGAAGAAGCAGCUUGCUCAAGACACAGGACUAACUAUUCUGCAAGUGAACAACUGGUUCAUAAAUGCCAGGAGAAGGAUAGUCCAGCCGAUGAUUGACCAAUCUAAUCGAGCAGGCAAGUCCCCAGUAGUAACUGUAUUCAAGUCGCGCAGGCGAAAAUCAUCCUCAAGCCAUUCACUGGGAGAGCCAUUAUCUGUGAGCCAAGGUGCACCCUACAACCCAGAUGGCCAGCCAAUGGGAGGCUUUGUGAUGGAUGGCCAGCAGCAUAUGGGAAUCAGGCCACCUGGACUACAAGGUAUGCCAGGAGACUACGUUUCUCAGGGUGGUGCAAUGGGUAUGAGCAUGGGACAACCAAGUUACACGCCUCCACAGAUGCCCCCACACCCUGCCCAGUUACGACACGGACCUCCCAUGCAUUCCUACAUUCCUGGACACCCUCACCACCCAGCAAUGAUGAUGCAUGGAGGACCACCGCCCCACCCUGGAAUGCCAAUGUCAGCAUCUAGCCCCACAAUGCUAAACCCAGGAGACCCAACAAUGGGAGGACAAGUCAUGGACAUCCAUGCUCAGUAGCCGAAGGGAAAUAACAUCCACAAUGGUGGCCUGAGUAUCAGAGACUGAUUAUGAUACAGUGACAUGGGAGCUCUGUUCUUUACAUCAACUGUGGACCAAUGGGAAUCCCACCUCUUUCAGAGGGAUCCUGAAACCGGGAAGCGUCAGUCAAGAAUCAACUCCUGGGGACAAGAAAUUCAGUUUAAUGCUAUUGUAGAAUCACAUAGGAUGACAGGAGAGAGAAGACUGCUAAUUAUAACUUGUACAUGGUAUUGUACUUCCCCUAUAAUAUGUCGUUUCUUAUAGAUUUUAAACAAAAAAUAUGUGAAACUCUCUUCCACACUAUGUGUGUUGUUUCCAAGGCCCUAAAUCUCCUCCAAAACCCUCCUUAGUGCAAACUGCGCCUUAUAAAUGUCCUGCAAAUGACUGAAAACUGUUAUUAUUAGGAUUUUUUUUACAAUAUUAACUAUGUCGGGCAGAAGACUGCCAUCCCAGGAUUUCAGUCAUGCAGUCUCUAGCCUGGGGCUUGAAUUAGCAUGUCUAAUUCAUUUACUCACUAUAUUUGAAUUGGCCCGAACAGAUGUAAAUCGGGAAGGAUGGGAAAACUGCAGCCAUCAACAAUGAUUAAUCAGCUGUUGCAGGCAGUGUCUUAAGGAGACUGGUAGGAGGAAGCUCCGAAACCAAAAGGCAGUCUGUUAGACCUGAACUGUCACAUCAGAGACUCAAUGUUCCUUGCACCAACGCUGACAUACAUCACUUUCUGUUUGAUGCAAUUAACCAUCCAACGAUCAGUUGAAGACAUUUUGUUUUUUUACAAAUAUGUUUACACCAUUUUUCUAGUUUUUUUUUCAAAAUGAAAAUGACAAAAAAAAUUAUCCUCCUGCGUGCAUUUCCUUUAUCGGUGGUCCGAUCCGGAAGAAAUUAUGUAUACGUUGUAAAUAAAUACAUUUUGUUUUCUUCUGUGCAGAGGAAAGACUGGAAAUAAUGAAUUGUAUUAUUGGAAUUUUUUUUGUAAAAGUAGCAGUUUGGUAUGAGUUGGCAUGCAUAAAAUGUACUGAAUGGGAUGAGCUAAUGCCUUUCAUUGUGGUUAUAAACAGAUGCUUGUGGAUAGCAUUUUUUUCUAUCAAGAAGCUGAUAAUAAUAUUAAUCGCACACAGAGUCUUAGAGUUCUGAUCCAAGCGGUUUGAAUUGUAAAAUAACGGAGUAAAUUGUAGUAGUUUCCCUUAACUGUGUGCGAUAAUGAAAUCUGAAUAUAAAAUAAAAAUUAUUUUUGUCA